GUAUUUUAACUAAACGCUGAUUGGCUAUGGCUACGCGCACCGGCUUCCUCACGUGAUCAUUUUCGUUCUUCUCCCUUUCUCUUACAAAUUCUACCUAUGAUUCGAAAAGAGAAGAACAACGAUGCACUGCUUUAAAGGAGAAAAGUGGGGGGAAAGACGCUGCCGACUGCACUUGCCCCUUAGCUCAUUGUAUGACUUGAGACCGGCAUAAGUCGACAGUUGAACGGUUGAGUUUUGUGAUAUUCAGUGUUUAUCUAAUUUGAACAAUACAUCUAUAAAUUUACAGUGCACUAUUCGAAUUAUUCGUGUUCUGACCUGCAAUAAGUAAGCAUUUAUCGACAUAGAUCGUUUUAACGGUUUUGAUCUCAUUUGAAUUUGCGUUUACGUUCUCAUAUCAUCGUAGCCAUGGUUGCUGGUGCUAAAAUGAUGAAUGUGAGGGUGACAACGAUGGACGCCGAACUGGAGUUCGCGAUCCAGCAGACGACCACAGGAAAACAACUCUUUGAUCAAGUUGUAAAAACGAUCGGAUUGCGUGAGGUGUGGUUUUUCGGACUUCAGUAUACGGACAAUAAGGGUGAUUUAACAUGGAUAAAAUUAUAUAAGAAGGUGCUACCGUGUGGUCUUCGAAAAUUCUGGCACGUGAUGAACCAGGAAGUCAAAAAAGAGACUCCGUUGCAAUUCAAAUUCCGCGCCAAAUUUUAUCCCGAAGAUGUUGCCGAGGAAUUAAUUCAAGAUAUCACCUUGCGUCUUUUUUAUCUUCAGGUGAAAAAUGCUAUUCUUACGGAUGAAAUUUAUUGCCCUCCGGAAACAUCUGUAUUAUUAGCCUCUUAUGCAGUUCAGGCGAAACAUGGAGAUUUUCAAAAAGGUACGCAUACUGCUGGUUUUUUGAUAAAUGAUCGAUUAUUGCCACAACGAGUUGUGGAUCAACAUAAAAUGAGCAAAGAAGAAUGGGAAAGUUCAAUUACUAAUUGGUGGCAAGAGCAUCGUGGAAUGUUACGUGAAGAUGCGAUGAUGGAGUAUUUAAAAAUCGCUCAAGAUUUGGAAAUGUAUGGAGUAAACUAUUUUGAAAUUCGUAACAAAAAGGGUACAGAUCUAUGGUUAGGUGUUGAUGCUUUGGGUUUGAAUAUAUACGAGAAAGAUGACAAAUUGACACCAAAAAUCGGUUUUCCAUGGUCUGAGAUAAGAAAUAUUUCAUUUAAUGAAAAAAAAUUUAUAAUCAAGCCAAUUGAUAAAAAGGCACCAGAUUUUGUCUUCUUUGCCACUAGAGUUAAAAUAAACAAGCGAAUUUUAGCAUUAUGUAUGGGCAAUCAUGAACUUUACAUGCGUCGACGUAAACCGGAUACAAUUGACGUACAGCAGAUGAAGGCGCAAGCAAGAGAAGAGAAAAUUGCCAAACAGCAACAAAGAGAAAAGUUGCAAUUAGAGAUAGCAGCAAGAGAACGUGCAGAGAGGAAACAACAAGAAUAUGAAGAAAGGCUUCGAAAUAUGGCAGAAGAAAUGGAUAGGCGGCAAGCUGAGUUAAAUGAAGCUCAAGAAAUGAUUCGACGUUUAGAAGAACAUCUUAGACAAUUACAAGCUGCUAAAGAAGAAUUAGAAGAUCGCCAGAAAGAACUUACGGCUAUGAUGGAAAAACUUGAACUUUCGCAUGAAAUGGAAGCUGCCGAACGUGCUAAACUUGAACAAGAAAUACGAGCCAAACAAGAAGAAAUACAACGUAUACAGUCUGAAGUAGUAGCAAAAGAUGCAGAAGCAAGGAGAUUGGAAGAAGUAUUUGAAGCUGCCAAAUUAAGACAAGAAGAAGCUGAUCGAGCAUUUCAAGCUAAUACAACACCCCAUCAUCAUCAUGUUGAAGAAAAUGAAGAAGGUGAAGAAGAAGGAGAAGAUGAAGUUUCUCAUGGUGAUGUUACUAAAGAUCUUGCAACUGAUGAAUCAAUAAUUGAUCCAGUCGAGGAGCGACGUACCUUGGCAGAAAGAAAUGAACGUCUUCAUGACCAACUUAAGGCAUUGAAGAAAGAUCUUGCACAAUCACGUGAUGAAUCGAAAGAAACCGUUAUGGAUAAAAUUCAUAAGGAAAAUGUUAAACAAGGUCGUGAUAAAUACAAAACGCUUCGCGAGAUUCGCAAAGGCAAUACUAAGCGCCGUGUUGAUCAAUUUGAAAACAUGUAAAUUAUGUAUGCAUUUAUCUAUUUGCCUGCCCAUUUCAUCCUAUCUUUAAAUUCUCUUUCAAUUUCAUAUACACAUGGAACUCAGUAAUCAUUUAUUCUAUGUGAAAGACGUACAGAUUCGCUAAUUCAUAUAUAAAGACAAUUUAGAGCUUCAACAUAUUAUUUUAUAAUAUUUUUUGAAGAUGUCUCAAGAUAUAAGUCGCUUACAAUUUAUAAGCGAAAUGUAAAGUUUAUAAUAUGUAUUACUAUUUUUUGAAGACGAUUCUAUAGUCUGAAGUACAGCUAAGUAAAAAAUUUUUCAUAAUUGGCAAGGAACGCGACGAGCGACCAACUUGCGCCGUCUUCCAUAUAUGCUUCCACGUUGAUCGCUGUUAAGCAGUUUUUCGUAAAGCAAAAUAUUUAUAUAUUUUUUCAUAACAAGUGUAAAUUUUCUUGCUGUUUUAGCUAUAAAAUAUUUAACGUUAAUUCAUAAUAAUUUGUUAUUUUAACUAUUAAUAUAUAUUAUUAGCUACUGUUGUUUUUUUUUUUUCUAACAAUAUCCCUUUUUGCUAAAAUGUCAAGAAAAUGUGUUACAUAAUUUGUGAAUAUUAUUUUAUUUCUUCAAAAUAUUACAAGAUUAUGAGCACCGGCGCACUAGUAUUUUCUUUUUCGAAGUAUUACUGUCGGUCAUUAAACAUAACAUAUAUAAUUUCGUUUCAGUAAUUAUCUUCUCGUCGUGAUUCUUAUCAUGUCGCAUAUUGUCCGUCCUUGGUAAGGAUUUGCCGAGAAAUAUUUUGUAUUUUUAUUUGCUUACUUCUAUUUACGAAUUAUAUUAUUUUGUUAAUAGCGGUCGCUAUGUAUUUACAUAUACAUAUCAGUUUCAUUUUUAUUCUGAUGUAUCAUUUUGCAAUUUACAGUAAAUAUUUACAGUAAAUAAUAUAAUAUAAAUAAUAAAUAAAAUUAUUUAACACAUUGACAUUUUAAAACAGUACGAAAUAAUCAUCAUUAUUUUUUAAUGAGUUAUAAGUAAUCUCUAAAUAUUAUUCUAAGUAGGUUAAUAAUGUACAAGCGACCGCUUGAUUUAGAAAACAUGAAAUCAAUGAUAUCCGUCUUCAUAAAAAGUAGAUAUGUAAGCAUUUCAUCAAAUCGUUUGCGAAAUUAUACAUACUACUUAGUACGAACGAAUUUGAACUAAUGUUUAGUAACUUUAUAUUGAUACACACUCGUGGCCUUUAUUGAUAUAAUGAAAUAAGUAUAUUGAAAUACUAGAUAUAAUAAUCGGUAAUAUAAUAAUAUAUAGAAUAUAGGAAAAUCGCGUGACUCUUUGUAUUGCAUACCUUCAAUAAGGUAAUUGCGCGGUUCCUAUAAAAAUGAUAGGUACCAAGAUUUUUGAAAGUAUGGAAGAAUGAAUGUGAAAAAGAAUGGGAUAAUAAAAAAUGUGUGUAUGAAAGAUCGAAUGCUUGAAAAACUAUAAUAUGUGGCUGUCUGGUACGCCAUAUAUAAGUUUUUAGAACAGUUUUCUUUUUAAAAAAAAUUUAGUACGACAAUGAAAUUUAAUCAAGCUGAUACGAGAGAAAAUAUAUAAUGCCUUACAAAUGCUGCCAAUUUUUUGACGGAAUGCAAACAAAGAGCGUUAUUAUGAAAUGACAUAGUUUUUGCAAUGAAAUAAAAAAGAUGAUGAAAAACUUUAAAAACUGAUCAAUGUAUCGGAAUUCACUUUGUAUUAUCAUCAUCAAUAAAUACGAAAGAAAAAGUACAGGAAAAAGAAAUAUGUAUAACAAUAGAUAUUUUUUGAUUAUAUUUAAUACUACAAUUUACAAAUUAGUAGUGUUAUUAUUGUAUUAUUAUAUAUUAUAAAUAUUAAUAUUUACAAUCUAGUACUAUUAUUAUUAUUAUUAUUAUUAUUAUUAUUAUUAUUAUUAUUAUUAUUAUUAUUAAUAUUAUUAUUAAUAUUAUUAAUAUUAAUAUUAUUAUUAUUAUUGAAAUAAUAUUAAAUGAAAAUUGAAGCAAAGGAUUUUAUAGUCGUCUAUUUGUACUAUUAAAAAAAGAUUAUUGAAUAGCAAUAACAAAGUAUUUUAUAUAAUAAACGUCAGGCUCUAAUGUUCAGACAGACAAAAAUAUCAUUUUUAUAAAAACUUAUUUGGAUAUUUAUUAAUCGCUUGGUUAGCAUAGCAACAAAGCUACUUUUAAAACAUUCCAAAAACAUUUGUAAAAUACUUGAUAUGUUAGGAUUUUUCACUGAAAAAUUUUUUUAUAAAAUUUAUAAAAAAUACAAACAAGAAUUUUUUCUAUAUAUAUUUUAAAUGUACUUAAAUAUAUUUAUAUUGAAAACUAAUAUAUAUAUAUAUAAUAUAUAUAUAUAUAUUGUUUAUUGACGUAAAAAAUUUAUGAAUCAUCCUAACGUAAAUUGCUAAAUAAUUUUUUGUGAAGGUAAUAAAUAGAAAAUUAUUUUAACAUUUAUUUGUAUAUUGUAAUUUUAUAAAAAAAUUAUGUUAUUAAACUUUUGAUUUGAAAUAAAAUUUAAUAACCAAUUUAUAUAUAUUUAUGUAUUUACCUUCAUAAAAUUAUAAACAAAACCUUUAACGGUGCGCAUAUAUUCAAAAUGUCACGGUGCUAUAAUUUUUUUUUGAUCCAAGCGUAAAAAACAUAUGCAAGCGUAAAACAGAAAAAAAUUUGUUUUUUUAUAUCUUAAAUAAAUUUUUAUAAUUAUUGAUGCUUGACGAUAUUUUAUAAAUUUGCUACAAUUAUUUUCGAAUAUUCCACUUUUAUAUUGAGAAAAGUAUCUUUAUAACAGUAUUAUUGAUUAAUUGAAGUGCAUAUAAAAACACACAAGAUAAGAUCACAAAGCUAGUAAACAUUGUAUUUGUUGGUGCGAAGAUAUAUGAAAAUCUCUUGUACUUUGCUGAAAAAAUUAGAUAUUGUUUAAAUAAAAAAUCAUAUCAUAUGUACUAAA